GGUUCACCGAUAGAUAGCAUACGGCGAGCAUACCUUAGCGGUUCGCGCAAACGUUUAAGAUAUCUGCGGCCAUCGAUAGCGAUUCGCAUGUACAAUUAGCGACUGGCCCAAAAUGGAUAGCGAUUCGCGUGCACACUUUAGUGAAUGUCAGAAUUCGGCGCGGUUUGAAAAUGUAGGUUUAUAUGACCCAGGUUGAGUAGUCGAGAUUUGAAAAAAAUCGUUUAAAUUUCAUUUUUUAUGUAAUUGGAAAGUUUUUGCACACAAAAGUGGUGUGAAAAUUAAUGUUCAUUAUCAUAAAGCAUAAAUUUAUUGAUUUUCAGCGUUGGUUAAAAAAAUAAUAACAAAACUAUGUGAAACAUGAGAAGAACAGCCAUGUGGAGAAUUCAAACAUGGAUGUAUAUACACGAAUUCAAAAUUGAUGCGCUCACGAAAAAAAAUCCGUUCAGGUAAUGAAAAUAUUUAGCAUAUUGGUCCAGCAACCGAAGCGUUCACAGUUUUACCAAACGAUUAACAAUCAGAGCAUCAUUUGCGGUAUAAUUAUACAUUCCUUCGUUGUUUUUGGUUUUGGCAAUCAUCCUUUUAAAGGUACGAAUUUCAGCACAAUUAAAAAGUGCUACAACUAGAAUUCUCAUUGAAUUUGAGUGUUUUCUAGGUGUUUGGCUACGAUAGGAGCUCUUGCUUGUUGAAGUGCGCCCGUGCAACAUUUUUCUUGUCGGUAAAUUUGUUUUAUUAACGCACCGUGAAAGAAUACAGUGAGUUUCAAUAGCGGUAUGUGCUGAAGCGAAUCAACUGAGACACACAUCGUUCUUUUUACUUUUUGCGUGCAGAUAUGAAUUCCAGCCAAAGCUCUGUACAAGAGGAAAAUGCAAGCUGCGCUAUGCAAGCACCUCGCCGCCGAAAAACUACCAGCAACGAAGAUAGAGAGCGCUUGGUAACGGCGUAUGAAAACGGAGGCACUGCAGCUACGAUUAGCGAAAUGUUUAAUUUGAAAAAACCGACUGUCCAUGGCAUCAUCAAAAAAUACCAAACCCAAUGGCAAAUCGAGGCAAAGAAGCGUGGUGGCAACAGAUCUAAACUAUUGUCGCAGCAAGCCGUAAAUGAUGUUCGGAACUGGGUCGACGAGGACUGCACGGUGACGCUUAAAGCACUCGCAGAGAAAGUGUUCGAACAACACGGUGUUCGAGUUUCGUCCACAACCACAGCGAGGGAAAUAAAAGGAUUCAACUACUCUCUGAAGAUGGUCAAACUGUUACCGGAGGGAUGCAACACACCAACGACUGUCGAAGACAGGAAACAUUACGCUACACAAUUUUAUGAAAUUGCGCGCGGAAUUCCGGAUAAUGGUUUAAUCUAUUUAGACGAAGUAGGAUUUAACGUCCGUAUGCGUACGCUAAAAGGACGAUCGCAGAGAGGAACACCGGCCACCAUCACCGUUCCACAGUUAAGGACUAGGAACAUCUCCAUCAUUUGUGCUAUGCAUCGGUACGGCGUGCUGCUUUACACCACACACACUCGAUCCGUAAACCGUGAACGGUUUAUACAGUUUAUUGAAGAACUAAAGCAAACCCUGCGAUCGAAGAACAUUAACAGCAGCUACUUUAUAAUGGAUAAUGUAGCUUUCCACAAAACACCCGCACCAGUGGAAGAAUUUUGUGAGGCGAAGCAAUCCUUCAAAUGAGAAUCAAUUGAUGCAAGCGAUUCGGAAUGGAUCCAGGCUAAUAACCGCACAGGAUUGCGAUGGCUACAUUUCGAAAAUGUGGCAAUACAUGACUCGUUGUUUGAGGGGCGAAGAAAUUUUAGAUUUAGUUAUGUAUAAAUAUAUAUAAGAUUAGAAAGUACGAUUUUAGUUUUAAUGUGUAACAUAUUGUACUGACGAUGCUUAAAAAGAUGAAAUGUAAAUAAUGCUGCCGGACGAAUUAAAAUAA